ACCCCGCCCAAGAGCCCCAAGAAGCAGCCCGAGGCCAAGAGCCCCGCCAAGAGCCUUAACACGCAGAAGACGAACACCAGCCCCGUCAAGAGCGUUUGCAAGCGGCCCGCGGCCGAGAGCCCCGCCAAGAGCCCGGACAAGCAAUCCGCGAUCAAGAGCCCCGCCAAGAGCCCUGACAAGCAGCCUGUGGACAAGAGCCCUGCCAAGCAGCCCGUGGGCAAGAGCCCUGCCGAGAGUCCUGGCAAGCAGUCCGUGUCCAAGAGCACCGCCAAGAGUCCCGGCAAGCAGUCCGUGUCCAAGAGCCCCGCCAGGAGCCCUGGCAAGCAAUCCGCGUCCAAGAGCCCCGCCAAGAAGCCGAGCGCGUCCCGUAAGCGAGCGGCCAAGGACAUUCCGAAGGGGAAGGCAAAGGCCAAAGCCGCAUCUGUCAUGAGGAAGCGCCCGUCCUGCCAGAGCGCGAGCGUUGGCAAGCAGGCCAAGACGGAGGAUUACUCUAGCUGGUUCAAUAGUUCGAUUGAUGACUUCUGA